UACCCGAAGUUCUUUUCCUGGAAACAGAAGUAUGGAAGAGUAUUUGGGAUCUUCAUGGGGAAACAAAAAGCUUUAGUCAUAUCCGAUCCGGAUAUUCUGAAGGAGGUCUUUGUCAAAAGUUUCAACACAUUCAGGAACCGGAUGAGAGUCCCAAUGAUACCCUUUCCGUUAAACCUGGGGUUGUUUUUUCUGGACGAUGCCCACUGGAAGAGAGUCAGAAGCAUCGUCAGCCCUGGUUUCAGCAGCAGCAAACUUAGACUGAUGUGUGGUGCCAUCAACGAGUGCGCAACGACUCUCGCUAAUAACUUCUCAAAGGUCGCUGGGAAUAAUAAAGCGGUGAAUAUGAAAGAAUACUUUGGAGCUUACGCCAUGGAUGUCAUUUCACGAACUGCCUUUGGUGUAAAGGUUGAUUCCCAAAACGACUUCCACAACCCUUUUGUUGCUAAUGCUCAAGAGAUAUUUAAACAUACCAAGGAGCGAAGAUUAUUGCCGAUAAUAGCAGCAUUAGACGCACUUAGAGACGACAAUGGUUACGCUGCAAAUCGAGAGAAGUCCAAGAAAGAUACAAUCAGAGGUCUAUCGACAGAUGAAGUAGUUGGCCAAGGCAUAAAUUUCUUUGCUGCUGGAUACGAAACAACGGCGUCAACACUGACCUUUGCGUCGCACAGCCUCGCGGUGAACCCGGAUAUCCAAGAGCAGGUGUACCAUGAAAUCAAAGAAAUGCUUGGAAAUGAGGAACCAAACUACGACAACAUUGGGAAACUGAAGUAUCUGAACAACGUCAUCACUGAGACGCUCCGACUCUUCCCACCAGUUAUUGCGUUACAUCGCAGAGCGUCUGAAGCUAUUCAGAUCAAGGGGUUGACAAUCCAAAAGGGACAGACUAUCUUUAUCCCCGUGUUUGCCAUGCAAAGAGACCCUGAGUUCUUCAAGAAUCCAUAUUCCUUCAGUCCAGAAAGACAUGAUGAACACUCCCAUCCGCUUUCCUUCCUAGCUUUUGGGUACGGUCCGAGGAAAUGUAUUGGGAUGCGUCUAGCUCUGAUUGAGGCUAAAAUAGCCCUGGUUCAUCUUCUGAGAACUGUGAAGUUUGAAUGCUUGCCAGACACACCGGAGGUUUUGACGUUUAAGAAAACCAACUUUCUUCAAACUGACAAGGAGAUAAGAUUGAAAUUAUCUUCGAGAUGCUAAAUUUUCAAUGAUAGACAGAACGUUUUACUUUAUCUUAAUCAUUUGAAUUAAUAACAUCUUAAAUACUAUAUUAACAUAAUGACAGUGCUAUUUCGCAUUUGAAUUCAUGUAUUGUCUGAUAAAAAUGUACAUGGGCAUCUCCAAGUGUCGGUGUUCUGUAUGCCAUAAAGUGCUGUACCUAAUAAAUAUGAGUGCUACUUCGAACGAUC